AUGGCGCCUUCACGCACAACAACAGAGGCCUUGGGCCAAACCAUGGUCGACGAAUCGACCAAGAAGACCAAAAGUCUUCUCGAGGAGACAGAUAACGGCACCACAACGGAAGACGCCAAGAACACAAAUGGUGAUGUUAGCAACAACGAGACAGAAGACAGCGAGGUAUCAGCAGAGGUCGAGCAGAAGAAGAGAGAGGAAAAGACUAAGAAGCCUUUCGCUCCCUUCGGCUCCAUCGCAUCAACCAAGAACAUCUACAAGUCGCCCAAAGAUAGCGACGGCAACUGGACGUGGAUUGAAAAGUAUCCCGAAGACGUCGAGGAGGCAGCCGAGAACGAAGAGACAGAACAGUACGCCGUCGUCGUACGCAACAUCAAGAGCAACGACAGCCGCAAGAAGCUCGAGGCACAUUCCAUUGUUGUACAGAGUCCCUGGCUGAAGAAGGCGCUGGGUGAGAUUCUGGACGAUUACCCCGGAGUUGCCUGUGAGCUAGAGCGCCUCGAGUUCGGAGCACCUUUCCACCCUUUUGUGCACCGAUGGACGGAAUUCCGCGAGUACCGCAACAAGAAAGACCUCGAUGAAACUCUCAAAGAGCACCUCACGAUCCUCCACGACAUCUUGCAAUAUGAAAUUGGCAACUCCAUCAAGGCAUUUGAGGACUAUGUUGCCAAGGGCGUCAUAACCUUCGAACAUCUCUGGAUGAUCUUUCAGCCUGGCGCCAUCAUUCUUGCCGCCCACAAAGGGCCUCUGUCAGCAUUUGAGCUUGAGGAAUCCGAGUACAUGGAGAACAGAUGCGGGAAAUUCCUUCAGCUACGCGCCGAUUGCGUCGACUACAGCGGCAAGACUUUUGGGCGUUACCGGGAGAGGAUCUCCAUCCCCGAGUUCAUCGGUACAAAGAAGAUCACAGGUCUCGACGCCUCUCCUUUGGCAUUCCACCCUGAGAAGGACGCGCUCAGCGCGGCUCUGGUGCGCCGGGGCCAAAAGUUUGAGGAGUUGGCUGGCCACCACUACAAGCAGUACUCAGGGAGCGCCGUCACCUGGGACCGUGAAGGCAACGAGGUUCCCAUACAGGUUGAGGGCCGUGUUGUUAUUGAUAUCAACUCCUUCAACCGCUUCAGCCCCUAUUAUAACACCCGGUACACGAGCGACUGGACAGCCAAGGAUAUUGAGGCCCUGUAUGCGUGGAAACGCCAGCAUGGCCUGGGUAAUGACGGCAAUCUCAAGUUGACGCCAGGUCAUCAAAUGCUUGCCCGCUCCAGGACACGCGGAUACUCGCUCAAGUUGAAGAAAUGGUUGGAUUUCUACGUCGAGCAAGUUACUGAGAUAACCUGGAACACCAACGCCUUCGACAAGCUUGUGCUUCCUGAAGACCAAAAGGAGCUGAUCCUCGCCUUCUCUGAGUCUCAACUGGAGGGUUCCACCUUUGACGAUGUCAUCUCUGGCAAGGGCAAGGGCAUCAUCUGCCUGCUCUCCGGCCCCCCUGGCGUGGGCAAGACACUGACAGCAGAGGCCGUAGCCGAGAAUCUGCGUGUUCCACUGCACACUUUGAGCUCUGGCGAUCUCGGAUCCGAGCCGUGGGAGCUCGAGAACGGUCUGUCAAAGAUCCUGGAGCUGGUUGCGCGGUGGAAUGCCAUCCUACUUCUGGACGAGUGCGACGUCUUCCUUGAAGCACGUUCAACACACGAUCUCGAGCGGAACAAGGUCGUAUCGAUCUUCCUGCGGACUCUCGAGUAUUACGAGGGCAUUCUUUUCAUGACGACCAAUCGCGUUGACAACAUCGACCUAGCCUUCCAGUCCCGAAUUCACGUUUCUCUUGAGUAUCCCGACUUGACACCCGAGUCGCGACGCCAGAUUUGGCACAACUUCCUGCGGGAAACGACCCUUGAGAGCGAAAUCUCCGAUGAGGACAUCGCGGAGCUCGCCGAAUUGAGGCUCAACGGUCGCCAGAUAAAGAACAUCCUGAAGACAUCGCAGCUGCUUGCUGCAAGGAAGAAGAGUGCGCUGAAGCGCAGUUUUAUUGAUACUGUGCUCAGUAUUGAGAAGAGACGUCCUGCCGCUCCAGCCACUCUAUGA